ACUAUCUUUAAUCGUGCUCCGAACCAUAGAUAAUACAAUCUAUGCUAGUAUGCUCCGAACUGGUUCAUAGCUGCUAUUAGAUUGUUCUAUGCUAUUAGUUCGCAGUUCGUAGUUCGUAGGUACUUGGUACUUCGUUCUAGCUUUAUAUUGUAUUCAUAGUUUUUUUUUUUUAGUUUUAGAUUCACCUAAUUUAAGUCUUUAACUAGCAUUGAACAUUUGAAAAUAAAUUUAAUAUUGUUUCAAUUUAAAUCUCUAGUUGAAAAUUAAUUACAUUAAUUGAUAAUUACAUUUAUGAAUACUACAAACUUAUUGUACUUGACACAUCAGAAGCGAGACUUUUAAGAAGAAAAAUUUUGUAAAUUAGGUACAUAAGUUAAUUACAGACUAGUAUCAGUUUUGAGAUAUGGAGAUCCCUGAAAAAAACGUAGAUAUUGCCACUAUAGAGUAUGUUAAACCAAAAACUAAAAUGUUUUCAUUUACAUCAGAAGUAUUAGGUGUCAUGUUAUAUAAUCAAAUAUUGUGUUUUGAUAAUUGUUUUUUUGUUGUUAUUAAUCAAGACAAUACGUUUUCAUGCUUAUCUGUUGCUAUGUCACAAAGAAAUAGCAUGGAUACAAUAUCCAGUGCCAUUUUCAGCACAGAUCCUGAUAGUAGAUCUGAAUCAAUAGCCAACACAUUAACUAAAAGUUUGAAAACUUCAAUUCCAAUAUAUGUGAGUUUUAAUGCAAACAUUGAAAUUAUUGGGUUAAAAGAUGUUAUUUCAAGUUUAAUUAAUUUUUUCAAAUCUCAUUCAGAAAUAGGUAUUUGUUAAAUAAAUAUUGAAUUGAAAUACAAAUUAACUAAUAUUAUAUUGCAGUUGAAUUAUUUAUUACAUAUAUAUAAGUAUAUGUAAUAUAUUUAAGAGGAUCCCAUACACGCGUGCGUUGCCUGCGUCUUUUAAACGCAUAACAUAGGUUACAAAUUGUACGUUCUGAAUAAUUCAUUUAAUUCUAUUAUGUUUAAUUUUAGAAUGAAUUUAUAUUACCAGAUUUGGAAGUAAGAGUAUUAUUUAGUUAAUAACAUGGGUUGUUUUUAUAUUUUAAUUUUAAGCAAUUAAUGACCAUUUUAAAAUGUACGAUUGUCAUGCGUUUGAAUACGAAGACGGCGCAUUGAGGUAUGGCUCUUAAAAGAGAUUUUUAUAAAUACAAUUUAUCACUAUUUAAUACAUAACGGGUGUAUACUUGGUAUAAUAAGAAGACCUAAUAAAUUAAAAAAGAAAAAA